UUUCGUAAUUUGAUUUUCGGCGUCGUCGUCCUCAAAGACGCCCAGUGCAGCUGGCUACGUUUGUCUUCUUCAGCAUCGUAUAGUAAACUUCUUCUGCAGUUUCAUGGAGGUUCUAUAGAAGAUAGAAGAGCGACAGAGAACCACUCGCAUCUCUCCGCCCUCACCUACGAUUGGUGAUUUAUCCUAAAAUUGGCGGGAGUAGCUCUUCCUUUUCCUGAUAUUCUUCUCCUGUGAUAGGUAUAGGUAUACCAUCAUGCUGGUUGAGGUCUGAAGUCAGAGGGAAAGUAUUACUGUAUACAUAAUGGCAUUGACAUUAUUGAACGGUAUAAGAUCAGGUUGCUUUCGGCUUUACCCAUCGGCAUAUGUUUCAAGAAAACGUGUUCUACAAUGUUGUAGUAUGGGUAGUGUGCAAGGACAAAUUACAACACAAGAGAAGAAGCUGGCUCAGUCGAAAGCUUCACCCAAAUUCGAAACUUUCAAAAUUGAAGAAGCAUUGAAAAACUAUGAAGCAGUAAUAGGAAUAGAAACUCAUGUUCAGCUCUCCACUCUUGCAAAGGCAUUUUGUAGCUGUCCAUAUAAUUACGGGGCGCAACCAAACACGGGCGUGUGUCCUGUUUGCAUGGGGUUGCCUGGAGCCUUGCCGGUUUUGAACUCCAAGGUCAUAGAGUAUGCAGUAAAACUCGGGCUUGCACUGAACUGUAAGCUCUCGCCUAAUUCAAAGUUUGACAGGAAACAAUACUUUUAUCCAGAUCUCCCGAAAGGCUAUCAGAUAUCACAAUUCGACAUUCCAAUUGCUAGUGGUGGUUAUAUUGAUGUUGAUCUACCAGUUGAGUUUGGGGGUGGGCAUAGGAAAUUUGGCAUAACCAGAGUUCACAUGGAAGAAGACGCCGGGAAGCUGCUUCACACUGGAAACUCAAGCUAUUCUCAGGUGGACUUGAAUCGAGCAGGAGUUCCAUUGCUUGAAAUUGUGUCUGAACCAGACAUGAGGACAGGAAUUGAAGCAGCGGAAUAUGCUGCAGAACUACAGAGAUUGGUCAGAUAUCUUGGGGUUAGUAAUGGAAAUAUGCAGGAAGGAUCUCUUCGCUGUGAUGUCAAUAUCUCUGUCCGGCCGAUUGGGCAGGAGAAGUUUGGCACAAAGGUUGAAAUAAAGAACUUGAACUCAUUCUCAUCAGUGGGUAGGGCCAUCGAUUUUGAGAUAUCUAGACAAGUGUUGCUUCACAGUCAAGGUCAGGCUGAUCAAAUUGUGCAGGAGACUCGUCUCUGGGAGGAGGGAGCUCAGAAAACAAUUACGAUGAGAAAGAAGGAAGGACUUUCUGAUUACCGUUACUUUCCAGAGCCUGAUCUUCCAGGGGUUGUUCUCAGUGAGGAGUACAUCAACAUUAUCCGUGACUCCUUACCUGAACUGCCUGAAAUGAAACGCCGGAGAUACGAGCAACUGGGAUUGAGCAUGCAGGAUGUUCUUUUUCUCACAAAUGAUGUCAAUGUUGCAGCAUUUUUUGAUGCGACGAUUGCAACAGGAGCUGAUGUAAAAGUGGUUGCUAAUUGGAUUAUGGGCGACAUUACUGCGCAUAUGAACAAUGAAAAGCUGAGCAUUAACGACAUUAAACUCACCCCUCAAGAAUUGGGAGAGCUCAUUUCUACAAUCAAAGGAGGAACCAUUAGCGGAAAGAUGGGCAAAGAGAUACUGUUUGAGUUAAUGGCGAAAGGAGGAACCGUACAAGGACUUAUAAAAGAAAAGGAUUUGAUUCAGAUUACAGACCCGGUUGAGAUUGAGAAAAUAAUCGAUAGCAUUCUUGCAAAGAAUCCAAAGCAGCUGGAGCAGUACCGUGGGGGGAAAACCAAGCUGCAAGGCUAUUUUGCCGGUCAGGUAAUGAAAGAAACAAAAGGCAAGGCAAAUCCGGGGCUUUUGAACAAAAUCCUCCUUGAAAAAUUGAAUUCGAAAAGCUAGCUGAAUGGAGGGAGGGAGGGUUGAUUCUAAUGAUUGAUUCAUUACUGUAAGUUGACUUGCCGAGAAUGUAUAGCUCAAAUGGUUGAGCUCUCCCUUACAUGUUUGAGGCUACAUCUUGCACGUCUGGAUGCUGUAGACUUGCACAAACAAUUCCAAAUUGGCAGUUCUGACUUAUGUGGUUCUGUAUUUUUUGGGUUGAACUACAAUUACUAUUAUUUCAAACUCCGACAUCUUUAGGUUUAUUUGUCACAUAUAAUUUAUCUAGUA